AUGGCAGCAAUUUCGGAAUCCGAUGAGACAGAGGUUGGCAAGGCCGAGACCGUCACUCCUCCCCCCGAAGAGUACAUCCACGGCUUCCGUUUGGUUGUUCUCACAGUGUCACUCAUGCUCGGCAUGUUUCUGGUGGCUCUUGAUAAUACCAUUCUUGGUACCGCCAUCCCAAGAAUCACCGAUGAGUUCCAAGACCUGAACAAGGUGUCUUGGUACGGAGCUGCAUAUUUCAUGACAUUCGGAGGAUUCCAAUCCACCUGGGGAAAGCUGUACAAGUACUUCCCUCUGAAACUAUGGAACCUCAUCGGAAUCUUCAUAUUCGAGCUGGGAAGCCUCAUCUGCGCGGUCGCUCAGGAUCCCGUCACGUUGAUCGUCGGCCGUGCGAUUGCAGGCGUGGGCGCGGCCGGUGUCGUCGUUGGCGUGUUUACAAUCAUUGGUUUGAUCUCGUCGCCUGAAACGCGUCCGCAGCUGUUGGGAUUCACUGGUGCGACGUAUGGUAUCGCUGCGGUCAUGGGCCCGCUUAUCGGCGGUGCAUUCACGGACCAUGUCUCGUGGCGCUGGUGCUUUUACAUCAACUUACCCAUUGGCGGCAUCGCGGCUGUGGUGAUUCUGUUCUUCUUCAAGACCCCAGCGAGUGCAAAACCAGCGCACGCUACAUUCAAGGAGAAGCUCCUGCAACUGGACUUGGUCGGCGCCGCUCUCAUGAUGGGAUUAAUCAUUGCCUUUAUGCUAGCCCUGCAGUACGGCGGCCAGACACACUCCUGGAGGAGUAGCGAAGUCAUCGGUCUGCUCGUCGGGUUCGUUCUCAUCACCCUGGCCUUUGUCGCAUGGGAGCUCUAUCAAAAAGACCGUGCUAUGAUCGUUGCUCGUCUGCUAGCGAGACGCUCCAUCUGGGUCGGCGCCACGUUCAUGUUCUUCUUCGGCGGCGCCUACUUUACCCUCCUCUACUACCUGCCCAUCUACUUCCAGAGCGUACACAAUGCGAGCCCCAUCGGCUCCGGAGUACGCAUGCUCGCCCUCAUCAUCCCACUGACAUUCGCCGCCAUAGCUCAAGGCUUCGCACUAUCCAAAAUUGGGAUCGUGCCGUUGUUCUGGAUUGUCGGUGGCGCUCUGGGGACAAUCGGAUCUGGCCUCUUCUAUACCAUGGACACUGAGACUUCGACGGGCAAGUGGAUCGGAUACCAGAUUAUUGUGGGAUUCACCGUCGGCGGGACAUUUCAAGUCGCGCUUUCGAAUGCGCAGGUUCAUAGUUCUCCGGAGGACAUGUCGCAGGCCUCGGCUAUUGUGAACGUCUUCCUAAGUAUUGGCGGCUCUUUCUUCCUGUCAGCCGCCCAAUGCGCCUUCAACAACGAACUGAUAAAAGCCCUUUCCGCAACCCUCCCCGAAAUCAACCCCGAAAUCGCUCUGGGCACAGGCGCGACUCAGAUCCGCGAGGCGUUCACGGAGACCCAGGUGCCGAUUGUCAUUGACGCGUACGUCGACAGCCUUCAGGCUGUCUUUGCGAUUAUGGUUGCGGCUUUUGGGGUCGCGACGCUUACAGGGUUUCUGGGCAGCUGGAAGAGGAUUAAUGGCGAUAAGCUCAAGGAGGCGGCUGGUGGUGCGGUGUGAGUGUAGGUAGUCGGUUUAGUUAGCUGGGUAGGAGAUGGAUAGCCUUGCCCAAUGCUAGGCACUCUUGGCCGUGGGUUCGUUGUAUGCGUUGGGGGCUUGCUAUCUCAUGGUACUAUUUAGAACAGGGUAUGAUAGAGGGAAGAUACUCGGGAUGGGGCGAAGACUGCGCCAUAUAGAUUGCUCUAGAUCAUUUUAAUAAUACAAAGAAAACAAUUCC